GAAACAAAAACUACUCCACCAUCUCAGAUUAAAGUUAAACUAAAAUUUACGGUUCGGCGUCUCUCAUUCAUAUCCCACCACCAAAAAUUUAUGUUCCAAUUACUAAAGUGAAAUUUUCACUGCAUUCUCGUGAUAGCAAUAGGCUACCGCCGGAAUUUUUUUUCUCCGGUCAAUACUGGCCGGAAAUGACUCCUCCACCGACAUCUUUUACAUUAUUUGAGCUUUGAAUUUAAAUUUUGUUGACAAUUAUUGAUAGUUAGACAUAAUCAGGGUUUUGGGUGACAUUUGCCUAUUUUUAUAUGUGGGUUUGUUCAAGUGUUCUUAACUUUAGUUAAAUGGGGAUGGGGAUGGGAAUGGGAUUCAAAGAGAAUAAAGUCGGGCUUCAAAUGAGAGAGAAAUGAACAUAAAGGAUGAUGGAAAAAUAUAAAAAAAAACAGGGAGAAAAAGAGAGAGAAUCUGGUGGGCUUUGCCUUUGAGCUGUGAUUUAGCUGUCUUUUUGGUAAAUUAUUAUUGUUUAUUGUCUCUCAGAGACUAUCUCUCUCUCUCUCUCACACAAAUCUCCAAAAUCCCUAUUAGAAAAAACCCACCUCACGGCUCAUCCUUUUUCUCUCCCCUCAAGCUCAAAAUCCCUAUAUUUUCUACCUUUCCUCUCUCCACAUUUUCUUCCUUAGAUCUCAGAGUGAAACCACAAACAUUUCUGCAGAAACCCCAUUUGCAAUCGAAGCUUUGCAAGAAGUAAGAGAGUGAGUGAGAGAGAGAGAGAGGCAAGAGCCAAGGCAGAGGAAAAAAAAAGAAAGAAAAGAAAGUGGCAUUUGUUAAAUCAGAUGUCUCAUGUGAGAUGAAGAAGACUCACAUCAAGCUCCAUUCUUCUCAUCUCUCACUCCUGCUCAUCGCACUCUUUAUUGGCUUCUGUUCCUGUGAGCAGCAUCCCAUUUCAAGCCAUGGAGGCCUCACUGACCAGGAAGUCUCGUACAUCAAGCAGCGCCAGCUUCUCUACUACAGAGAUGAGUUUGGUGAUAGAGGGGAAAGAGUCACAGUUGACCCAUCUCUUGUUUUUGAAAACCCAAGGCUUAGAAAUGCUUACAUAGCUCUACAAGCUUGGAAACAAGCUAUUCUUUCUGACCCUUCCAAUUUCACAGGUGAUUGGGUUGGAUCUGAAGUUUGCAGUUACACUGGGGUUUACUGUGCUGGUGCACCUGAUAACAAGAAAAUCAAAACCGUUGCUGGCAUUGAUCUAAACCAUGCUGAUAUUGCUGGGUACUUGCCAGAGGAGCUUGGUUUACUCACCGAUCUUGCAUUGUUCCACAUCAACUCCAAUCGCUUUUGUGGUACUGUUCCACACAAGUUUAUAAACCUGAAGAUACUGUUCGAGCUGGAUCUUAGCAACAACAGGUUUGCUGGUAAAUUUCCUGAAGUGGUUCUGAAGCUGCCUUCACUCAAGUUCUUGGAUCUGAGGUUCAACGAGUUUGAAGGAACCGUACCAAAAGAACUUUUUGACAAAGACUUGGAUGCCAUUUUCAUCAACCAUAACCGCUUCAGAUUCAACCUUCCUGACAACUUCGGCAACUCCCCUGUUUCGGUUAUUGUCCUAGCCAACAACAAUUUCCACGGAUGUGUGCCGUCGAGUCUUGGUAACAUGACAGGCCUUGAACAAAUCAUUCUCAUGAACAAUGGUUUAAGAUCUUGUUUGCCUGAGGAAAUCGGGUUGCUUAGAAACUUGACUGUUUUCGAUAUUAGCUUCAAUGAGUUAAUGGGACCUUUGCCGCAAAAGAUUGGAGAAAUGUUCAGCCUUGAGCAACUCAAUGUGGCACAUAAUAUGCUCUCUGGUAAAAUUCCAGCCGGAAUUUGUCAGUUACCGAACUUGCAAAACUUCACAUUCUCGUACAAUUUCUUCACCGGAGAGCCACCGGUUUGCUUGAGCCUGAAAGAUUUUGACGACCGUAGAAAUUGCUUGCCUGCAAGGCCUUUGCAAAGGAGCGCGGCACAAUGUAAGUCUUUCUUGUCUAGACCAGUGGACUGCAGUUCAUUUAGAUGUGCUCCUUUCGUUCCUUCUUUACCUCCCCCUCCUCCACCUUCUCCGCCAAUACCGGUGCCCUCACCAGUUUUGGUGCCUUCACCUCCACCUCCAUCACCCAUUUAUACUCCACAAUCACCACCGCCGCCGCCGCCUGUAUACUCUCCACCUCCUCCACCUCCACCACCAGUUUAUUCACCUCCGCCCCCACCACCUGUUUACUCUCCACCUCCUCCACCAUCACCACCACCGCCCUCCCCUCCACCUCCGCCCCGACCACCACCAAUUUAUUCACCUCCACCUCCUUCGCCACCACUACCAUCAUCACCUCCCCCGCCUUCACCCCCACCACCUACUUAUCCAUCACCACCUUCACCAUCACCCCCACCGCCUUCACCAACUCCUGCACCUCCAUAUUGCGUGAGGUCCCCACCUCCUCCACCAAAUUCACCACCUCCAUUGUUUUCCCCACCACCACCAGUUCCUUACUACUACAGUUACCCACCACCUCCAUAUUCUCCACCACCACCACAUUCACCUCCACCACCAAUUUAUCCAUACUUAUCGCCGCCGCCGCCGCCACUGCCACCUCUAGUACACUCUCCACCACCACCAUCACCUCCGCCAUGUAUAGAACCACCUCCACCUCCACCACCGUGUGUAGAGUACUCGCCACCACCCCCAACUCAUUACAAGCCACCCCCAUCACCUUCUCCUCCACCAACUCCAGUUUAUAAAUCACCACCGCCACCUGUUGUAGCAUAUUCCUCUCCGCCACCACCACCAGUUCAUUACCAUUCACCUCCACCAAUUAUUUAAGAAAGCCCGCCACCUCCAGUUCCUGUGUAUGAGGGGCCAUUGCCACCGGUAAUUGGAGUGUCGUACGCUUCACCUCCACCACCACCCUUCUAUUGAUUCUUUUGGGAAUUUUACUCCUCUAACCUUUUCCUUCUUCACAAGCCCCAAAAUAAAUGUUCACAAAAAUUGCAUUAGGCCAUCACCAUGGCUUCUUUUUCCUCUUCUUUGCACUUCAUUACGACCAAAAAGAUCUCUUCUUUCUCUUUGGGAGCAAUUCUCGUCGCUCAUGGAAGGGAUUGAUAAAAAGUCUACCACUUUCGGAAACUAUGGGAUGGAACUCUUCAAUGAAUGUUAUUGAAGAGGGUGGAAAGAAGAGAGAAAGAGUAAUUGACAGAGAGAGAGAGAGGUAAGAGGAGAAAUUCUCUCCCAUAUUUAAUUGAAUUGCUAUGGAUAUUUGGAGUUGUGAAAUAAAAAUGGCAGAAAAAGAGAGAGUAGGUUGCAGAGAAAGUUGUAUGUAUAGGGACGAAUUUGAGGAACCAUAAUUAUCCAGCCUUACAAAGGCAGCGGCUGGCAACACUUCCUUCCUGCUGCUGUUGCUGCUGCUAGUUUGUGGGUUUUAUUGUUAUUAUUCUCUUCUUUUUUCAUACUUUUGUUUCUUUUUUGAUUCUCAUUUUAUAGUAUAAUCGGAUGAACAUUUUACUUGUAUUCAUGAUUUUCCAGAAUUCAGUUAUUCGUUUUCUAUUCACUAUUAUCAAUCGUUGUUAUCAGUUGUUUCUGUGUUGAGUUUGAUUGAUGCAUAUCACCAAUGCUUUCAUUUUUUUUUUGCAUAUUGGUUGAUCGUUUCCUUCAUAUUUUCAUAGCAUUGCGCAGAACAAGUUCAUUACUUGAUUGUCGGUGUAAGAUUAGGUGAUAUUGAAAGAAUAGUUGAUUCAUACGAGUUAGAUUCUGAAUGAAAAGAAUAGUCAUUCGAAUCAGGAACUCCGUGAGGAUAAUAGUUUUGAAUAGCCAGUCCCCUCUUUAAGAAAAAUUUCCUGUUUUGGUUGCCUGUAGUUCCAGGAUUACAGGUAAAAUAUUGGGGAGAUUGGAUGAAAGGGGAGGUGUUUCGGAUCCCUUUGUUGUCUCCGAUUGAUUUCAUCCAAGUCCUGAAUUUUCGAUCGAGGCGACGGGUGCUAAUUGAGAUCUUUAGUGGGACCCUCCCCUUAAUUGGUGGUAGACUCAAUCUGUAAUCAACUUUGAUCAUUUGAUUAAUGUUGUUGGGAUUUAGUCCCAUGUGCAAACCUCUUAAUGAUGGAUUUGAAAUUUCGAAUGCAAAUCAGAUUUCUUCAUGCUCACACUAUUUUUCCCUUUGGAAUCUGGAAUUGAAAAGUCCAACUCCUUAUAUGCAACAAUUGGUGGCUAGAGUUGUUGACUGUUGCUGUUGUCCUUGUUCCUCCACAUAUUUUCUCAACAUUUUUGCAGAAACUUUUCCAAGCAUCCCCACUUGGUAUUUCUUUUUCCAGGGACCAUUUCUUGAUGCCUCAAUUUCCUAGCACAUGCAACCAUCUGAAAGCGCUUGGGUCGCAACUGUUAUGAGUCCCAUGGAAUGUGAAUGAUAUGAAAUGUAAUGGUCUAUCAAUCAAAAUCGGUACCAAAGCACAUUUGCCAUCGUAAUUAACUAGAUUAUGACAGGCAGAAGAAAACCCUGUAUUAUUUUACAAAUAUCAGUGUCCAAAAUAAGUUGAUGCCAGGCUGCAACCGCGGCAGCAACAUGCUAACAUCAUUGCCAAGCCCACUAUUAUCUAUCAGUAGUUUCAUCCAUGGUGCCAUUAUCAAUUGUAGCACAAAAUUUGUCCCUCGGAUUGAAACUUAAAAGCACAUUUCUUCUUCUUGGAUUCUGGACACAUUCCACUCUGUUAAGAAACAAUCUAUCGUAUUCCAAAGGAACCUACGUUGCCAAGUCUCUUUCAGGCAGAGAACUCAUUUCUAAAUGGUUGGGCAAUUUAGGGCCAAGAGUACAAAUUUUCCAUGGCGGUUGCUUUCUUCCAAAAAUGCGUUUUGUUUCCAUUCAUCAAGUU